CUCCAUUUCCCAGGAUGCACCGCGGCUCUAUCAUGGCUGCGCACUGACGGCAUUGUGGUACAUGUGGAAGAAGCUAAGAGAAUUAACACUGGUGUUGAAACACAACAGCGGAGUUUCUCACUAGUCGUUUACUGCGUUAAUGAGUGUUAAUUAAACUCGGUGUAUUUCACCUUUAAAGAGAAAUGGAGCAGACGGUGCAGAUGGAGGCGGCGAUACUGAGAGGGUUAAUGACGGAAACCCAGAGGACUGAGUGGUGGGGACACAACAGUAACAACACAGAUGGAGCUCUGCUGCUACAGCGUGUGUUUGAGGGGGAUUUCGAGGGCGUGUUGCUCAGUGUGCCCGUGUUGGAGAUGCUCUCUGCAGAGCCGGAGCAGGACGAGAACAUCGAGUCGUACCUGCAGAGACGCUUCAUCACCUACCUGAGCACCAACCAUGAAGAAACCAGAAAGGACAGGGAGUUGGUGAUGCUAGCGUUAGCAGUUUCAUGUCUUCAUCUGUUUGUCCAGUCUAAUUGGACAGGUCCUCCUUUUGUCCUGCACGACUCUGACUUUCUCCCUGUGGCUCUGCUGGAAAAACACGAAGAGGUCAGAGCUGCACUGCUCUCCAGUCUGGUGUUAGAUGGUGAGUGUGUGUACACUCUGCUGUCCAACCCUCUGCUCCUGCUGAUGGCUCGAGUUGUGUUGGUCUCCUGUGCAGAGAAGAUGAAGAACCUGCAGCUGCUGCCCUGGUGGACUCUGAGGUAUGUGGCGUUGCAUCAGCAAGUUCUAGAAGAAAAAUCACCCCAACUCUUCAGUCUUGCAAAGAGCUGCAUGGAGAAAGUGUGUGAACAUGAGGAUGUUCUAAGUGCUGACACUCACACAACUCUGGCCAUGAUGUUCCACCUGGAGUGCAGCUACACGUGUCUGAGUUACUACGAGUACCGCAAAGCUAAAGAACAUCUACAGACAGCUCAGCAGCUCUCAGGACUCCUCAUCAACAUGACCGGUGCGUUGGGGAAGCGAACUCGCUUUCAGCACAACUUCCUCGCUCAGCUCGUUCUCGACGUUAAACGGAAGGAGGAGUCUCUCGUUUCCGACAGUGAGCUGUCACCAACACCGACGCCCACAGACCUCCUACCCAAAGACCAUCACCUGAAUGAUGAUACUGUACUGAACCAGGUGAACUUAGCUGAGCCGUCUGAACACCAGCUCCCUGACCUCAGUGCUGAGGAGCAGGCUCUCAUCCUGGCAGUUUGCUCAGACUUUCAGAAGAACAAUCCGGUCCACAAGCUGAACGAUGAGGAGCUCCUGGCCUUCACCACGUGUGUUCUGUCCCAGCCGAGGUUCUGGGCUAUAGAGGUGACGGCUCUUUGCCUGAGGACUAAACUGGAAAGGUCGAGUUCACGCAGAGUGGAGCGUGCAAUGAUGCAAACUCAGACGCUGGUGGAUUUCUUUACUGAGACGAAGUGUCCGGUGUCCGAGCGCCUGAAGAUCUUCUACAGCUGCCGAGCUCCUGCACACUGGGACCUGCAGAGGCAGUUAGCAAGUUUGCUAACAGAUCUCGGGUUAACUAGCUCAGCUCUGCUCAUUUAUGAGAAACUGGAACUCUGGGAAGACGCCGUCAUCUGCCUGGAAAGAAUGGGCCAGCAUGGCAAGGCAGAGGAAAUACUGAGACGAGAGCUGGAGAAGAAGGAAACUCCAUCCCUUUAUUGUCUCCUGGGCGACGUGUUAAAGGAGCCGCAGUAUUACGAUCGAGCCUGGGAGCUCUCCAAACACCGCAGCGCUCGGGCAAAAAGAUCACGAGCCCUCCAUCACCUCCGAAAUAAAGAGUUUCAGGAAUGUGUGGAGUGUUUCCAACAAUCACUGGCCAUCAAUCCCAUGCAGCUGGGGGUGUGGUUCUCUUUAGGCUGUGCAUAUUUUGCAUUAGAGGGAUAUGAAGGAGCUGCUAAAGCCUUCCAGAGGUGUGUGAGUCUGGAGCCAGAUAACUCAGAGGCCUGGAACAAUCUGUCAACUGCCUACAUCAAACUGAGGAAAAAAGAGAAAGCUUUCCGCACGCUGCAGGAGGCUCUGAGGUGUAACUUUGAGCGCUGGCAGAUCUGGGAGAACUUUAUCGCCGUGUGUACGGAUGUGGGCGAGUUUGCAGAAGCCAUUCGAGCUUAUCAUCGUCUCCUGGACCUGAGGGACAAGUACAAGGACGUGGAGGUUCUGGAGAUUCUGGUCAGAGCGGUGGUUGAAGACCUGCCUGAUCACCGUGGCGACCGGGCGUCCAAUCACAGGGCCAAGUUGCAGGAGCUGUUGGGCCGAGUCUCUGCCAGCUGCAGCACCGACCCCCAAAUAUGGAAGCAGUACGCCUGUCUCUAUGGUGAUGGCCAGAGCGACAACAAAGAGGACAACGAGAAGGCCUUGCACUUCCUGUCUAAAGCGCACCGGUGUGAGACGCAGAAAUCAGGAUGGGAGAAAGACCCGAGCAGCUUUAAAGAGGUGAUGAAGGGAGCCGUAGACAUGGCCACCGUAACUCUCCGCUGUAGCAGGGAAAAGUCGAAUCCUCUGGAAGCACUUCAGUUGCUCACGUCGGCUCGUCUCAGUCUGAAGAGCUUAGAGGCUAAAGCUAAACAACUCUACACUGACGUAGCGACUGGAGAAAUUCACCUUGAGCUCCAAGAUGACGUAGCGCAACUGGAGCGGCUUAUCACAGAGCUACAGGACCUGAGCGCCAAGCUGCGGAGCCAAUCAGAAUAAUAUCCUGUACGAAGCUCGCCCUGUUCUGUGUAUACUAAAGUGGGCUAAUAAACUGUUAGUCAGGAAAAUUCAGAAUAAAGGAUUUUUUAUCA